AUGCGUACCAACGCAGUAGAAGUUACUUUUCAUGUAGUUGACGGAAACGACACGAUUCUAUUUCCAACUUUCUUUCCGAAAAGGACAGUGGUUCCAACAUCUCAACCAGAAAUUAACCCAAAAUCAACACUCGUCACACUGAAUGCACUUGCCAUUGCAUUGGGGUUGUUUGCUACAACUGUUGGAAUUGUAGUCGUGAGCUUAAUACUACAUGUGUACAUCUGGAAACGAAGGCGCCAUCUGAGACGUCCUAUUGAAGUUGAAGGUCUUGGAAACUUGGAGCAAAUUGAAGUUAUACCUGUCUCUAGACAGCGUGCAUCUGGUUACAUGACUAUCAAAUUCAAAACCAGACGAAUUUAUGAUGAUCUUGGUGGUCUGCAGAGUGCAAUCAAACGUGGACAGGCCCAUCAAGGCAGACCAAGUAAAUCUGUUGAAAUUCCCGAGUUGAUAGGCUUUGAGCGCGAAACGGCAUCCAGACAGGUUAAAAGUAAUAGUCUGCCAUCCUUACGCGGAAUCAAAGAAUUAUUCAGAAGCACCUCACUGAACUCCCUAUUCCUCCAUCAUAAGCGAAAAGUAGAAUAUGCAAGCCCAAAGAAAGUGAGUGUUGGGCCAGAGACCGGGGCUAGGGCGCGGGAUAGUGCGCAUCGGUCAUCUAAGAAGAGAACACGCCCUGAAAGUUCAAGAUCCGAUCAUCUUUACAGCACGAUACCUGACAUCAUACGGCAGGUGCAAGAAGAGUUGAUCUCUCAAGAUGGCGUCAGGGAAAGAGUUGAGAGAGCUAGUUUGUUUGUGGAGGAACCUGUGGUAGAACAAAUCUCAGAUACAGAAUUAGAUCCUGACACAUUAGAGAUGGUGGAUAAUGUAAUAUACGAACCGUAUGAUGAUGACGAUAUAGGUAUACAUAACGAAGCAUUUGAUCAUGAAGACGAGGGUUUAUGAACUCAAUAAAUUUCUGAACUUUUUUUACAUAUAAAUUGUUAUAUAGUGGUUUUCUAUAUUAGGGAGUAUUUAAUCAGUUGAAUGUCUCAAGUGUAUUGAAUCAAUACGAUAUAUUACACAAGGUUUUUGUUGUAGAGACCAAAACAUGAAGCUGCAAAGAUUUACAGAUAAGUGCUAAUUUUUCAAGUGUCUGUGACGUGAAACUUAUUUUUAUGCUAAAAUUGAAACGAUGAUGUUCAUAAAGCAGGCAGUAUGUAAACAUCAUUCGUAUUGUAAAUAUUUUUAUAAUAAACAUUUUGUAUAUACAUUAUUAUCUUGAAUAUAUUUAGCAGCAUAGGUCGUGUACCUUAAUAAAUAUUUGUACUUUUCGAAAUUAUCAUAUGCCUAAAAUAGGCUCAGUUAGCAGAGGAAAGACAUGCAACUGUAGUUUCAUUGCCGAAUCGUGUGUGCUUAUUUUCAGUUUCUGGGUGUGUGGGGGGUUCGAGCGACUUUUAUAUGUCAAAUUUUGUAAGAAUAUAUCUCUACAUCAAGAGACAAUAUUUUAUUUCAUCAGAAAAAAAUAAUCUCUAUCUUCUUUCGUCAGAAAAUACCUAUAAUUGUAAAAAUAUAAAUCGAUAAAAAUCGAAAAAUUAGGCUCGGAUCCUUAUUUGGCAGUAGUGGCUUCUCAGUUGACGUGACGCCAGACAAGAAUUUGUGGAGUCGUUAAUAUUAUUUUUUUUGUUGUUUAGAAAUCUGUUUGGAAUGGUGCGACUGAUUUCGAAUACGGUACCUCUUUGAUAGAGGCCCAUGUUACUAGGCAAAAUUAUACGUUUUAAUUCGUAUAAUAUUCAAUAAGAAAUGGUUGGUUAAAAUGCUAUUGUGCUAAUCGUAUUUUAACCAUCAUCUCGAAGCAAAUGUUAAACAGAUUCUAAGGAAAUUGAUGCAGACGAUCUAGCUUUAUCAGUUUCGUAAUUAAUAUCAAAGGCAACAUACGGUAUGUCUCAAACGUUUUAAUCCUUAAAUUAUUAUUAGGCCUAUUAUUAUUAUAAUAUUUUUAUUAUUAUUAUUUAUUAAAUACACUUCAAUGAUUAUGGGUAAAUUAUGUUCACUGGCGACGGUAGUAUUUACAUUUUGAUUGGUAGGGGUGUAGUUAAGAUUUGAGGUGUAUCGGGUGGUAUGGGUAAUAAUAGACAGGGUCAUGUUUCCGCAAACCACAGAUGGGUCAGGCUCAUCUGACGGGGUGAGACCCUGUAUGAAAGACAGGCCGCCUAUUUUGAUUCUAAUAAAUAUCAUAAAUAUGUACCACAAUCAUAAUAGUCAUAUUCAUAAUCUGAGUUAAUUAAAACGAUUUUAUACUUAAAAAA